AUGAAAUGGAUUUCGGGAGAUGGUGAAGGAGAAGAUGAAAUUCACACGAUUGUGUUUAAGGAAUCAGUGGAGGAGAUCACAUACUCUGCUUUGGUUGAGCGUAUUUGCAGAAAGAUAAAGGUAGAUGGAUAUAAGGUGGAAACGAAGAUUAGUUACUUUCCAAUGGUCUUGUAUUCAAACAAGCUAUCAUAUGUCUGGAAUGAUGAAGAUGUUUUUGGUUAUCUACUGCAAGUAAAUCAUGAGAAGUGUAGAAGUGUUCUACAUGUGGAGUUCAACAAAACGGUCCAAGAAGAGGAUGAUGAAGCUGAUGUCUAUGUCGGUCUAUCCGAUAGAGAGGCUACUGAUGGAGAGGCUACUGAUACAUGGGCUACUGAUAGAGAGGCUUGUGAAGCAGAUGGUGUGCUCACACUUUACGAUGACAUUGAAAUUCAUGGUAAUGUCACCGAAAGAGAUGCAAUUGUGAUUGAAGAUACAGAAGCAAGACCAUCAGUUGAAGUAACCCCAGCUGUCAAAGAACGGGAUGAUGGUAUGGAUUUGGCUGUAGGUCAAGAAUUUAGAACCAAGGAGGAAGCACAAGUUCAUAUUCAGACGGCUUCACAUCUGAAGUGUUUUGAGUAUGAUGUAAUUAAGUCGGACACUAAGAGAUAUGUGAUAAAAUGCCGAGCAGCCAAAGAAGGCUGCAAGUGGUAUGUGCGUGUUGCAAAGUUGAUGAAUUCAGAUAGUUGGACGGUUAGAAGUUACAUCAAACAGCAUAGAUGUUCUGUUGUUACUACAAGAACACUUCCUAAUAGAAGGAGAGGCACACCAGGAAUCGUUGCAGCUGUUUUGGCUCAAGAUUAUCCCGGUAGUUUAGACACACCAGCUCCCAACGCCUUGAUCCAGCUGGUUCAUCACAGGGUGGCUGUGAAAGUAUCAUACACAACGUCAUGGAGAGGAAAAAGAUUAGCUGCUAAUAAAGUGCGAGGAAGUCCAGAAGAGAGUUAUACUUUAUUAAAUUCUUAUAUGCACAUGCUGAAGCAGUCGAAUCCUGGCACAGUAGCUCGAGUGGUUGUGGAUGAGGCCCAAAAGUUUAAAUAUCUGUUUUUUGCUUUGGGAGCUAGCAUAGAAGGGUUUACCGCUAUGAGGAAAGUCCUCAUUGUCGAUGCAACACACCUGAAGAAUGUUUAUGGUGGAGUUCUAUUUGUUGCGACUGCUCAAGAUCCCGAUCAUCACCACUAUCCAAUUGCGUUUGGUAUUGCAGAUGGUGAGAAAGAGCAUAGUUGGGUGUGGUUUAUGGAACAGUUGAAAUCAGUGAUAUCUGAUGUUCCUGGAUUGGUGUUUCUUUCAGAUAGAAACAAAAGCUUGAUCAAGGCAGUAAGUCUAGUGUUCCCUCAGGCCGCUCAUGAGGCUGAGUUCUUGAACCUUUAUAAUGCUUUUCGCAUGAGGUAUCCUAGCGCAGCGGAGUAUCUUGACAAAAGUGUUGAAGAGAGGAAAUGGGCGAGAUGUUACUUUGAAGGAGAUAGGUACAAUGUUGACACCACCAAUUCAGUGGAAUCUUUUAAUGGUGUUAUUAGUGACGCGAGAAAGUUAAACAUACUACCAAUGUGUGAUUUCAUCAUCGGGAAAAUGGCUGAAUGGUUCAACAUACAUAGGAAGGAGGCAGCUGAAAUACCACCCGCACUAAAGCUUGUUCCUAUUGUGGAAGCGGAAAUGUCUAAAAGAUGUGUUGAUGCAGGGUUUCUUUCCGUUGUCGAGUUAAACAGCUUCCAUCUUGAGUACAGUGUCUCAGGAAGUGACGGGAAGCAUUAUACCGUUGAUAUGGCUAUGAUGACUUGUAGCUGUGAGCAAUUUGAUAAAGACAAAUACCCAUGUGUCCAUGCAGUAGCUGCUGCCACAUUCAUGACUGAUAAAGCGGGAAAGGAACUUCAUCUAUCUGAGUAUUGUUCUAAGUACUAUUUAGUGGAGCAAUGGGCUUUGGCUUAUCACAGGACAAUAUAUCCUGUUCCUCAUAUGUCUGAUUGGAUUAUACCUGAAGAAGUUAAAGCAAUGAAAGUGCUUCCUCCAGAUUAUGAAGUCAAAAAAGGAAAACCGCAGCAAACUCGAUUUCCAUCGGCAGGAGAAUCUCGUGGAAGAGGAAAAAGAGGCAAAGGGAGAGCCAGCGGCACAGGUAGAGCCAGCGGCACAGGCACCGCUGACGGCACAGGCACCGCUAACGGCACAGGCAGUACCAGUGGCGCUGGCAGUUCCAGCGGCACAGGCAGAGCGAGAGGAGGAGGUAUGGGAGCGUAUUUUGAAUGUGGAAUUGGUGCAGGUCCAGGUGUUUGA